GAAAUCGGUGCAAGAUAAGUUCCCGUGUGAAAUUGCUUUUUCGGCGAUUGGAUUUUCAUCGAUUUUGCAAAAGGAAAACAGGUUUUAAGAGGAGAACUGCCAUGUCGGACUACUUCGAGGAACUGGGCCAUGAACCCACUGGGCCACAGGGCGCAAACGAUUUGGCCAGAAACCUAAAGCGUCUCCAGGUUUUGGCCAUCAUGAACGGCAUCGAUAUGGAGAUCGAGGUGCCAGAGGCUUCCAGGCGAGCCAUUCUGGAGCUACCAGUCCAUGAAAUCGUGAAAUCGGAGGAGGACGGCGAUUUGGAGUGCUCCGUGUGCAAGGAGCCCGCUGAAGAGGGCCAGAAGUAUAGGAUCCUUCCAUGCAAGCACGAGUUCCACGAGGAGUGCAUCCUGCUCUGGCUGAAGAAGACAAACUCCUGUCCCCUGUGUCGCUAUGAACUGGAAACUGAUGAUCCUGUUUACGAGGAGUUGCGCCGGUUUAGGCAGGAUGAAGCUAACCGACGGGAGCGGGAGAACACUCUUAUGGAUUCCAUGUUCGGCUAACUUGGGGUUAAUAAAUUCGCGGUGUUUGGUCAAAUUUGUAGUAUGUUAAAAUAAAGGUGCUUAAGGGUAAA